UUUACAUUCACUCAACGUUUUCUUGUGUAAUCCAACUACAUCUAUUUACAGUCACGGUCUGAAAUAAGGUUUCAACUGUUGUAUUACACUUGAACGGAUACGUUUCCGUUUUUACGCUGCCUAUAAAAAAAAAGUUUUUUUUUUUUUCCUUUACCCCAACCAUUUUACUUUCUUUUUAAUAAAAAAAAUGGCCGAAGAUCUUCCUUGGGAUAAUGAAAAACCUUUGAGUAUUUCUCAACUCUUGAAACAGUCUAUGAGAUCUGUAGAUACACUUGUCUCCAGCAACACGUUAUUGGACAAGAUGUCUAUCCAUCUGAACGGUUUAUUACGUGGACAAGAACCUCAAGUGGAUAAAGCAGUUCAAUUACUUGACAAUAUGUUCUUGCACGCUUCCAAAGCAAUGGAGAGCGACAGUGACAAACAAGUCUUGUCUGUUUUAAAAUGUCAAGUCUCUAGUUUUAUUGGUGUUACAUUAGGCGUUAAACCCUUUUUGGAACAGCACCAAAGACAACAAGAACAAGAUUCGGAUUCGGACUCGGAUAAUGAAGAGGGUAAGCUCUCUUGGUUCUCUGCACAGGAAAAGGAAAAUACCCGUCAUGAUCUCUGGGAAGAAAAGAAAAAGUAUCACGAACAAAAUAAUUCGGAUAUCUAUGCCCCUGAGCAUGCUGAGCAUGAAAGACUUCGUCAAUUAGAGGAAGAACAUUACGGUCAAAGUGCAGGUAGUGGUGAAGAAGAAGAAGAUGAGGAGGAGGAAAAGGGUAAUGGUUCUUCUUCAUCUGAGAGUGAGUAUGAGGAAGUGAUUGAAAGAGUCGCCAUCAAGUCGCGUGAGAUUGGUGGGGCUGGUGGGUUUGAAGUAGUUCGUCGUAAGCAAAAGAAGAAGAAGACCACCAUCACUACCAACUUUACUUACAGUCACAGCAGUAACACGUAUGAUAACAACCAAGCACAGAACAAUGACAAUUAUAACAACAACAAUAAUAAUUAUCGCAGACAACCUCCUCGUCAUCGUGUGCGUAUUACUGAGUUUAGACCUAAAAUGCUGGAAAGAUUACCUUGUGAACAAACAUUUUGUAUGCCCGUCUUUUUCCCUUCUGAGGAUAGUUACAGUGUUUUCCAUGCUGCAUUAGCAUCUGCUAAAUCUACCUUGUACGUUUGUGUGUUCUCUUUGACCGAUAAUGAUACAGCGGAUGUUUUGAUUGAUGCUUUUAAUCGUGGUGUAGAUGUCAAGAUUAUUACGGAUAAUGAUCAAAUGGAUACACGUAAAGGAGCUGAUGUGAUUCGAUUGAAUGAACAAUACGGUAUUCCUUUCAAGAAGGACAAUAGCGAUCAAUUUAUGCAUAAUAAGUUUGCUGUCAUUGAUAAUAAGACUGUCAUUACCGGUAGUUUUAACUGGUCUGCUGGUGCUCGUUUCAAGAAUCGCGAAAAUAUUAUUGUUACCAAUAUUCCUUCUGUGGUUCAUUCGUAUGCUCAAGAAUUCCAAGAGUUGUGGAACUACUUUUAGAAAUCUAUAUUUAGGUGGGAGGGGCUGCAAUAAUAAAAAUGAUUUUGUAAUAUUAGCAUCAU